AGGUAGAGAGUGCGGGCGCGUUCGCACGUGAUGUUCGGUUCGUGUCGUUGAAUUUCGAAUAGUAAAGAAUAAUGGUGUAGAGAAUAUAUAUAAACACACACAUGGAUAUACAAAAAUACGUAUACGCGUUUGUUUCGUAUGGUGUGAUCAUCGUACGGAAGAUUAUAAAUCGUAAGCUAACGUCGACACGAUAAUUUAACCGUUUUGUCGUUGACUUUGGAGGUUCGAAAACGAUCGUCGUCAUCAUCAUCGUCGUCGUCGUCGUCGUAGUCGUCGUAGUCGUAGUCGUCGUAGUCAUAGUCGAAAUCGAAGUCGAAGUCGAAGUCGAAGUCACCAUUUCUAACUUUUUAUUCUUCGUUUAUGAAGGUUUAAAGCUCAGGAACGAGAAACGAUUGGCAUUUUUUUUUCUAUUUUACAAUAUAUUUACGGACGACGGGAGUCGUGGCCAAUAACACCUGAUGGCGUUUUCCUGAAGGAUAGACGAAGAGAAAAUAGAGAGAAAGAAAGAGAUAGGAGAAAGAAAGAUAUAUAUAUAUAUCAUACAUAUAUAUAUAUGUAUGUAUAUACAUACAUACAUACUCGGCUGCAUAGGUAAAAAGCAGAGCGAGAGAGUGAAUGAGAGAGAGAGAGAGAGAGAGAGAGAGAGAGAGAAAGAAAGUGCGAGCGAGAAAGAGGAAGAGUGCUAGAGUGAGGAGUGGUGUGAGUGAGGUGGGGUGAAGGGUCGGGGGGUAGGAGCGCUAGUAAAGAUGGAGCGACGAUCGGAAUGGGAUAUCGGGAGGGGGAAGGAGAGAGAGAAAGACAGCUUCUCGUCAAAUGCGCGGGCUUUUUUCCGGGUGUGGUAUGUGCGUGUAGUAAACACCCCUUAGUCGGUACGGCAUAGACGAAAAAGAGAGAAAGAAAAAGAAAAAGAGAGAGAGAGAGAGAAGGAAAGAAAGACACAGAGAGAGAGAGAGAGAGAGAAAGAGGGAGAAAGAGAGGGACGGAAAAUGCGAGUUAACGAAAAAGAAGGACGAACGUAUAUACGAAAAAGAGACAAAUCAACGAGUUUGACGAGCGAAGGAGAGUGUAAGAGAACGAAAGAGAGAGAGAAAGAGAGAAUGUGCGAGCGAGUGAGUGAGCGAACGAGUGAGUGAGUGAACGAGUGAGUGAGUGAGUGAGUGAGAGUUACAUACACAGUGGUGGGGUAUAGAGAGACAAUGUGUGUGUGAGAGAGAGAGAGAAAAAGAGAGAGAGAGAGAGAGAGAGAGCGAGCGAGCGAGCGAACGAACGAACAAGCUCGGAGAGAGGGAGCACAGAGAGAAACGGUUUUGUCGAGAGGAAAGGAGGCGGCAAGCAUUGCCAGUGGAACGGACUGAGAACGAAAGCAGCAGCAGGAGAGCGAAGAGAGAAGGAAAGGAUCUCCGUCAAAAUGUCGCUGAAAACGCCAACGCGGAUACAGUGAUAGGGCUUUCAUCGUAUAUCACUGCGGUUUGUCGUAGUGUUAAUUGUAUAUGAAGAAAAUGGUGUCGACACGUCAAUCAAGUAGCAUAGGUGCAAAUAAUGGAGGUGGUAGUGUUAACGACAUCAGAGAAGUUAGUCCAUCGAGGAAACAUCAGGCAUCAUCCUCUGCUGGAUCUUCUAGUACAUCUUCUUCAGUUUCACCUCCUUCGAUGUGCAACUUAAGCCUUUUUGAUUUGCCGGUUGAAAUCAUUGAGAAGAUCUUUAGUUAUUUGAAUUAUAAUACUGUAGCACAUUUACGUCCAGUUUCUCAUCAAAUGGAUCGUGUCUGUGGAAACAUUUUAAAUUCGGCAUUUCAAAAACUUCAAGCACAAAUGUUAAGUCGCUUUCAAGCGAUCAAAUCUCAAAUGCCUAGACGUGAAUCCGCACGUCGUAAUCAUCCAUUAGCAUGUGAAUCAGAUAUUAUAGAAACUCUACAUAUGCGACUUACUUUAUUACAAAUGUGUUUUGGUAAACACAUAGAGAGAAAACAUUGUUGCUUUUUUCCUGGAGAGAUAUUGGAUGAAGUUUUUCGUAUAUUACAUUAUAUAAAGGUUACUCCAAAAUUAGCACGACCUUAUAAAGUCACAGAUGAAUUGUUUGAUUUGAGUACUAUGGCUAUGGAAUAUUUUAAAGAACGAAUCGAGCCAAUGUUACCAGAAAUUCCUUAUUUUGGAGCUGAUUUUCUGGAUUUAGCAGGGACAUUCCCUUCUAGUAAUGUUAGUAAACCAUUUAUGUGCCUGGAUUCUGCGCCCUUAAGUGUUGGAAGCAGUAAAGCGGGGAGUGGUAGCGGGGAGGAAGGUUCUCCUCCACAUUCCUCCGAAGAUCCUGCUCUCUUAGAAACGAAUGUUUCACCUCCACAAUCAAAUAUGGUAUUACGGAAACGGAUUCGUAAAAUAAAACAAGGAAUGAAGAGAUACAACAGUCAGUUGACGUUAAUGCGUAGGGAUUUAAGGAGUUGUAAGGCGAAAAUAGCCGAGCAACAGAAACAAAUUGUAGAGUAUGCUACGCGUCUCGACGACAA